AUGGCCAGAGAAAUUGUCGACCAGCACUGCUAUGUGGCGUUAACUGACGACCCUCUGGAUGCCAAAUCAAUAAUGGACCGAGUCCGAAGCCCGAAAGCUGGGGCUAUAGUUCUAUUCGCGGGCACCACAAGAGAUAAUUUUGGGGGAAAGCCAGUUAAAGAACUUCAGUACACAUCCUACGAGCCACGUGCUCUCCAGACCAUGACCGCAAUCUGCAAAUCUCUCCUAGAAAAACAUUCUCUUACGGCAAUUGCAAUGAUACACCGGCUCGGUGUUGUCCCCAUUGGUGAAGAGAGCAUUCUGAUUGCAGUGUCGUCGCCUCAUCGCCAGGCCGCUUGGAGGGCUGGCGAGGAAGCUCUCGAAGAGUGCAAAAGCAAGGUCGAAGUAUGGAAAAAGGAAGAGUUCGGCGGUGAAGAAGGCGGCAUUUGGAGAGCUAAUCGAGACGGUGCUGCUGGAGUGCGUAUUGAUAGCGGCGACAAGAAGGAGCCAGCUGAAGGACCUCAUGGACCAAUUCUUCGCCCAGGAAGGCCGGGAGAGAAGGGACAUGGACCGGUCGUCCACCUAAACACAGCUGGAGAGAAUAAACCGUGA